UCCUCUCUCCCUCUUCUCUGUUUCCACUCCCCUCUCUCACCUCCACUCUCUUCCUGGGACUGGGUCUGGGACUCUCUCUUUCAUUUUCUCUCAACAGUUUCACAAGCCAGCGAGAGAUUGUAGCUUGCUUUUCCUUCGCCUCUCCCGGUCUCCCCACGGCCCACCCCACCAAAUCCAAACUUUACCUUCCUUCUCACUCCAUUCUCCAGUCCCACCCUUCCCUCCUUUCUGCAACCUCAUUCCUUCCCUUCCUGCAGUUGCAAUCUCUGCGAGUUCCCCACGUUGCUUUCUUCCUCCCAUCUCUCCAGCGUUUGCUGUUCAGCAAUGAGCACCCAGGGGGCUAAAUCUGCCAGAAAUGCGAAACCCACGACCCAAACUCCACAAUCCAGCUCGAGAUCUUCCUCCCUCACCGCCCACAUGGCCAUGGUGGAGCUCAAACAGCGAAUCAUCACUUCCCUCUCUAAGCUCGCCGAUCGGGACACCCAUCAGAUCGCGCUCGAGGAACUCCACUCCAUUAUCAACACCCUCUCCCCUGAAGUCCUCCCAAUGCUCCUCAAUUCCCUCUACGACACCCUCUCCGAGCAGUCCACCGCCAAACCCUCCGUCAAGAAAGAGUCCCUCAACUUGCUCGCCCUCGUUUGCCAGUCCCACCGGGAAUUGACGCUUCCCCAUCUGGCCAAAGUAAUUACCCACAUUGUUAAGAGGCUUAAAGAUUCCGAUUCGGGCGUGAGGGAUGCUUGCCGCGACGCGAUUGGUGUUUUGUCCGGUUUGUAUCUCAAGGGCGGCGGGGAAGGUGAUGGUGGCGAGGGGAAUAAUGGCGGCGGGCAUGUGGUGGGGUUGUUCGUCAGGCCGCUGUUCGAGGCUAUGGGAGAGCAUAACAAAGUUGUGCAGGCGGGCGCUUCGUCUUGUAUGGCUAAAAUGAUUGAGUGCGCUGCUGGCGUGGACAAGGAGGGUUCUGGUCCUGGUGGUGGUGGUGGUGCUCCGGUAGCCGCUUUUCAGAAGCUUUGUUCCAGGAUUUGUAAGCUGCUCAAUGGACAGAAUUUCCAGGCGAAAGCAGCUCUGUUGGGUGUUGUAACCAGUUUGUCCCAGGUAGGAGCAGUUGCUCCACAAAGCUUGCAACCAUUGCUGCAGAGUAUUCACGACUGCCUUAGCAGUACAGAUUGGCCAACACGCAAGGCUGGAGCUGAUGCUUUAACUGCCUUAGCAGUCCAUUCCUGCAGCUUAGUUUCAGCCGAAGCUGCUGAUUCUACAUUCACGGCGCUUGAGGCUUGCCGUUUUGAUAAGAUAAAACCUGUUAGAGAUAGCAUGAAUGAGGCAUUGCAAUUAUGGAAGAAGAUUGCAGGGAAAGGAGGCGAUGGGGUUUCAGAUGACCAGAAAGCUUCCUCUCCAGAGUCAACAGAGAAAGGUUUGAAUGCAAGAAACAGAAGUCUAGAGUCCCCUGCCAUAGAUCUACCUAGUGGCUCUCCCCCAGUCACUAAUUCUGCUGCAAAGGCCCAAUCUGGAAACAUACCAGAUAAGACAGUUGUAAUAUUGAAGAAGAGAGCACCUGCGCUGACAGACAAAGAACCGAACCCAGAAUUCUUCCACAAACUAGAAACAAGAGGCCCUGAUGAAUUGCCUGUUGAAGUUGCUGUCCCUCGUCGGUGCAAUAAUUCCUCUAGUCUAAACAAUGAGGAAGAACCAAUAUCAAACAAUACAGAACUGAAGGAGAGAUCAGAUCCCUCAGCAAAUCACAGGUCUGAUGAGCUGUAUUUCAAUAAUAGGUACCGCAUCAGUGAUAGAGGAACCGUGGGGAGAGAUCCCAAAAGCAGAGCAUUUGAUGAUGAACGGGGUGAUUACAACAAUAGGGGGGAGACUGCUGGAAAUCGCGCUGCAGGUAUCUCCAAAACUGAUGGGCAGUCGGAAGGAUCCUUGGGAAAUAGUAGAGGAAAUUGGUUGGCAAUUCAAAGGCAAUUGCUGCAACUAGAAAGACAACAGACGCAUCUUAUGCAUAUGCUUCAGGAUUUUAUGGGUGGAUCUCAUGAUAGCAUGGUGACCCUGGAAAACAGAGUUCGAGGUCUUGAGAGAGUUGUUGAAGACAUGGCACGAGAUCUGUCUAUGUCCUCUGCUGGUAGGAGGGGUGGUAGCAGCUUUGCCAUGUCUUUUGAUGGUUCAUCUUCUAACCGAUCAUUGGGCAAGUACAAUGGCUUCUCAGAUUAUUCUAGUGCAAUGUACAAUGGUCGGGGUCCUUUUGGGGAUAGAUUUGUGCAAUCUGAUGUGAAUGCUUCAGCUGCGAGGGGGAGAAAUCCGCACUGGAGGGCGGACACAUCUGAUACUUGGGAUUUCCCCUCGUAUGGGUCUAGAAAUGGUCAGGUUGGCUCAAGAAGAGCUCCAGGUGGUGGAAGUGCUCUAGGGUCACCAAAAUCUGAGCAUGAAAAUGAUCAAGUUGGCAGCAGCAGGAGAGGUUGGGAUAAGGGCGGUGGUGGGCCCUCUAGGCUUGGUGAGGGGCCUUCUGCUAGAAGUGUUUGGCAGGCAUCCAAAGAUGAAGCAACUUUGGAAGCCAUCCGCGUUGCUGGGGAUGAUAAUGGAUUGUUAUCACGGACUGCCAGGGUGGCCAUUCCUGAAUUGACUGCUGAAGCCAUGGGAGAUGACAAUGGUGUUGAGCAAGAGCGGGACCCCAUUUGGACUUCAUGGAGUAAUGCCAUGGAUGCCCUAAAAGUUGGUGACAUGGAUACAGCUUAUGCUGAAGUGACUUCCACUGGAGAUGAUAUGUUGCUUGUGAAGAUUAUGGACAGGACGGGACCUGUGGUCGAUCAACUCACGAAUGAAACAGCAUGUGAUGUCUUUCAUGCUAUUGCUCAGUUCUUGCUGGAUCACAAUUUGUUCGACCUCUGUUUCUCUUGGAUUCACCAGGUAUGUCUGUUAUGUCAUUACUCAAACUAACAGGAAGCUGAGAAUAGGCAUAACACUCUGAUAUUUAAAAAUGAAGUGAAGAUAGAAAUUUUCUCAUCCUUUUGGCCUAGACCUGGAUUUUACUUGCAGUGUGUUAUUAGGUUAACGGUAGGGCUAUUUUGCAGAAGUUUGUCAUGAGAAUGGGAGUCUAUAGUUGGUAAAAGUAGGACUGGGAUUGCAAUCAUUCCACUAGGGUGUUCAUUUGCUGGGAACGCAGAAUAGAAUGGGGCUAGCUAUCACCUCCAUUUCUGUCGACUUGGUAUAUGUCUGGAAGUGAGUCUCUUGAUAAUAGUUAGCACCGUUAAUGGGAGCUGCUGUACAGUUAUUCCUCUUUGGAAUUGCAGUGUUUCGGAUACCAUACCGGUUGGUUGUUCUGCUUAAACUAUCUAUCCAUGACAAGCCAGUAUGUAUUUGUCAUGGUUUUGACACAGAUUUGCUAUUCUACUUCAAACUAUUUGCCUAGCUGGUUUGAUCUCUGUUACGGUUUCACAUUUAUCGGGGAUCCGACACUUUUUCUAAGGCGUACCCACUUUUUGCUGUCAGUUGGUAGACAUAGUAAUGGAGAAUGGAGCAGAUGUUCUGGGGAUUCCCAUGGAAUUGAAGAGGGAACUUUUGUUGAACCUACACGAAGCUUCCACGGGAAUCGAUCUGCCAGAGGACUGGGAAGGUGUGGGGCCUGACCAACUCCUGCUGCAGUUGGCAUCAGCUUGGGGCAUUGAACUGCAACAGUUUGACAAGUGAAGCAACUAGCAACUCCUUUAAGUCCAAGAUUGUGAACAUGGAUCCAGUGUCGUGCCAGUUCGAUUUUCUUGCAUGUUUUUGAGCUUUUUGUUGAUAGAUCUAUCAAGUAUUGACCCUGUAUCUUUUUGCAGUUUUCGUUCCUUUUGCUACUUUAUUGGAGAGUUAAAAGGUGUUGUAAAUGGAU